UACAAAUGCAGUCAAUCCGUCGAGUUGCCUCACUCACUCGGUCUUCUUGUUGCUUGCUUCUCUGCACACAGAAAAAGGCAGCAAAGUACCCAAUGACGUCGCCACGAUGCACUCGAAUUUACGUUGGUAUGUUCCGCGAGUGGUCAUCUGCAGGCGACGCUGUGGUUGCGCCCUGGCCUCCCCCGCCCCCCACGGAUCCCAUCAGUAGUGAGUUGAUGAGCGGCAGGUUGGGCAGCAGAAAGGCAUCGUAAGCGAAUCCCAUGGCCUUAGAUGCGAACUGGUUCACAGCACUGAGCCACCCGGCCAGCCGACACAACCACGACAUGCAAUGCAUCCCGGAGCGGACCCCGGUAACCACCGCUCCUUGACGCUUACCGCUGGUGCCCCGUUUGGUAUGCGACCAGAAGCGCCACGGCAAGCCCCAGCACCACAUAAAUGAUGAACACGCGACACGACAUCAGCUCGUCCCAACCUGAGAAGCCAAAAAUGAAACGAGAGGCCAUGCACAUCGCUGGCUGGUCGUCUUGCUCGCAUCGCAUCACAAUCCUGGACUGACCGACAAGCAGGAGGAGAAGCCAUACCCACCACGGCACAUUAGCAAGGGAAUUCUUGGAACUGCACAGAGAAAAGGAGAGAGAAGCGGAUCAUUCGCAUACAUGAUGUUUCCUUGUACGUGUUCGCACUUGUUACCCGCCAGAUGCGCGCAUGAUUUGUGCGUUUUGACAGGUCUUGACCAUCGUGCGUUCGAUCUGAUCGGUCCGACACCCAUCAGCCAGAAAAGCGGUUUGCGCAGCUGAUGUAUUGAGUUACUACCCGUGUUUGUACAGCAGCCUUCAUCGUGUCGGUAAGGAGAGGAGUCUCAACCCCUGCAGAGCACACAGCAGCAUAGUCCACAACCAGCCAACAUUCGUUCGCGAGUGCGUACACCGCUGCACUUCUCCAGUCGGGUCGGAGUAUCCCGGGAUGACCUUGUCCAGACUCACAUCGAAGGUGAUAAAGGUGCCCAGGGACUCUGUAUGGUCAAAUUACAUCCGGGACGACAACAAAGGUUCAUUGGAGAGGUCUGCAAUGCAUGCAGCCCAUUGCCGCGGAGGCACGCCGGCCUUACCCAUGGCCUUUUCCUUGGCCUUGAGGAAGUACUGACUGAUCCGCUCCUGAGAUAUGUCGGGCCACUGACACACAAACAGACAGGUCUGUCCCAGGAAAAGCGACCUCCUGUGUCUGCGUGAGUACGUGUCUGGGCGUGCCAUCUUCAUUGAUUUCGAACUCGGCUUGGAACUUCUGUAUGAUGGAGUGAUCGAGGGAGUGUUUGACGAAGUGCUCCAGCUUGGUCCGUGCCUCCUUGACGCACUCCCGUCCCACCAGGGCCUCCAGCCCCUCACCCAGGCCCUCCGAUGCAGCUGCGCCGCUGGGUGGUGCGCUUGUGCUGCUUGAACCGCCCGACACCUCCACGUGGUCGAUGUUAACCACGACACGACGAGUCAAUCCUAUUCACACACACAUUGCACACGGAUGGGCAGUUGAUGCCGCGCCUGCAUGCAUGUGCCCUCGUACCUUUCCACGACUCGCUCAUUUGCUGUACGGCAACUUCUUUCGCCUUGCAAAUUGCGUCUGUUGCCAUCGUCCAGAAGACUUCCUUGGCCACGGUCGUCUGGCUCACCAGAAUGUCAAUCUGUGUCAACUCCUCCGAUAUCGGACCCUGAAGCGGAAACGGACCACAGACACAUGAGCUACGGCUUAUAGACGGUAUCGGUGCGGUUUCAUUCUGGCCUGUAAUGCUUCCUUGAAGGCAGCCAACUGUGCUUGGCGAACCCGAUUGAUCGAAUUCUCCAGCGCAUCUGACAAGACCGCAGACCAAGGGCUCUCGCGUCAUCCUCGAGAGACAGUGCCUCACGGACCUGUGAGUGACUGCAGCGUGUGGGAUACGUCAAACGUCCGUGGCCCAUCGCCAGGUACCGCGACGGAGCACGCCAAACCUGCCUCUCGCAGCUGACGCAGAGAAUCCUGCUCAGCAGUGCCACUGCAGCACACAACCGGACAAAACAUAACACUCUCGCGCUCUCGUGAAGAUACAAUCCAUCCAUGCCGUGGGGUCUUACCAUGUGUCGGCGAAGUUGACCCAUUCCUCGCUCUGUGUGACUCAGACAGCAACUCAGCAGUGUAUGCGUCUUAGUCAAGUGAGCUUUGGCAUGUUGUUGUACCGUACCAGCUUGGCGCGCGAACCGAUGGCUGCGAAACGCGCGCUGCAGACAACACGACGUUAGCACAGACAUGCCAGCACGUCACGGCUGGCGGCGCGACGGUCCCCGGCUCCGUGCUCACUCGAGCUGUUUGGAGAAGUCCUUGGCGAUGGAUGUCUUGAUGUGCAUGAGAUGCGCUUCGACGACCUGCUGCAGCUCGUCGCACAAACUGCGUAGGCAUACACGCAUACAUACACAAGUAUACCCACAUGUGCAAUUCAUUCUAAGCGGCCGGGUGGGUCUUGGUUCCCUACUGCUUACGCGUUGAUAAGUUCAGAGCGUUUCUUCAAGUAAACGGUCUCCUGUACACAAAGACGCCAGUAUACAGACACAGGCAUAUGAGCGCGAAUCUCAUUUGAGGAGACCUGGUAGCGCGAGGCAGGCUCCUCGUAGGCGGCUGAGACAAAGGGGAACGCAGGAACCUACUUUUUGGCGCCAGUCAUGCACGCCGUGCAUUCAAUUCCCUGCAUACCCACUACUUGUUGGAUGAGGUUAUUGCCCCAGCCCUGAAGGUCGGGCACGGGUCCAUGAUGCGCCUACACACGACAAAGCAUGGGGAUGCCUUCUCGCACACAGCAAGCGAUCACAGGUAGGCCCGCUGCGUCCCGAUCACCUGAUUCACUUUGGCGGUUAUCUUCGGCUGAGUCUCGACCAACAGUGCGCUCUUGAUCUCUUCACACCUGAACAAUAGAUGGACAUAGAGCGAGUGAGGGAGGGAGGGACACGACAUGCCUCAUGCACCACUGCGAGCGAGGGACGCUCUCCUUACCUGUAUGUGGCGAGCAUCUCCUUCUGUGAUGGAAUGUUGAGCUGAGACUCGUGCACAAUGGUGUCCUGGUCAGACAGGGCGAAAAAUACCAACAAGCACCAUCGAUUGAUUCCUUUCGUGGCCAGUUCCGUUCAUUGUCGUACCCACACGCUUUUGCAGUAGUGCGCGAAGCCGUCUGCGGGCACGCGGCGAGAGUACUGCGCGGGGCGAAGACUUGUCAACCACCUGAAAUACAUAGGGCGAGAGAAGCAAUGCCAACACACAUAUACAUGCGACAGCGCAGCAUAGGAUUGGUUUGAUGGUUUACUUCCGCCUCAGGUCUUGUACACCCUUCCGGAAAUCCUCCAGCGACGCGAAAAACGAAGGCAAACCAACUGAACAACAUGGACACACCGGAUGCAAACAGAAGCGAUGCAAGCAGAAUCAAACAGAAGAAUACAGUGGCCAGUCCAGCAAUCCCCACUUGUGUGGAAUUCGAAGAAGUCGUCUGCCCCUGUGUCUUCGAAACACUUUGGCUGAAUCAACAGACAUAGACGGCAAAGAGAGGAGGAGGGGUGCAGGUCCGCGCCAGCCAGAACGUGUACCUUUUUGAUCUUUGUCCAUAUCUUCCGUAUGUCAUCUUCAAGCAUUGUCUCGAGAGUAGCUGACAGGAAGAGGCAUCAAGCAACAGAGCUAAGUCAUGGACUGGAGUUCACGUGGCUCAUCCCCAUUUAGUCCGUCACCCAGUGGUGUUUGCAUUUCGCUGUGGUCUCGAAUCACAAACAACAUGACAGUCCUUUUGGACCUGACAUGUUUGCCAAGGCCCACAGCCAACAAAUGACGACACAUGAUACAGCCCUGUCUGCUCGCACACGCCCGGAUUUCUUUCUGCUCACUCAUCUGAUUGUUGGAACAGCUCCAGAUUGACCGCCAGCACCUUCUCCAGCAGCUCGUAGUUUGACGCUGUCGCGCGGCCGAUGUCCUACAUGGAUAUCCAUGCGCGACAGCACAACCUGAAUUCAGGCUACGUGGUUGCGUACGUGCAUCCACAUGUUGAUGACCACCAGGUCGGCCACUGCGAGAGAGAAGAGGGCCGCGCGAUGCUCGAAAGUCUGAAUAUGAAUCAGCAGUCAGGAACAACAGGCAGACUCGGCUCGGCCGUGGGGUUGCAUUGGUGAGUCCUUACAUGUCUGUCUUCGCCCCUUUCUCUGCUGUCGGUGCCUUCCACAUCGACGAUGAUCGUGGCCGUGCCUUGUCCCUCGACCAAAUCCCGACCCAGCCACAGACCCUUCGUGGUCUGGCUACGCCCCAGCUGGGAAUUCAUCACCUGGAACCUCGUGCCGAACAAAUGAUUCAACAGGGUGCCUGGUGACAAGAACGCAGCACCACCAGGCAGAGAACGAACAGGAAAAACACUACUCUCAUGCUUGGGUGCACAGAUCUGCCUCUUCGCUCCUACUUUUCCCGCUCGACUGGCAUCCCAGCACUGUGACAACGGAGUAGUCGAAGCCGCACCUGCUAAGAUGCUUCUCCUCCAGCCACUUUUCAACCUCACCACUGACAAUGGACACAGCAUCAUUGUGUCUUGCACCUCGAUGUUCUGUUGUCGGCUUACACGAAUCGCCCUGAUUCGUCGAUGAUCUGGAGAAGCAUGUUGUCCUCCAUCUUACGGAAAAGUGCGUAAAC